CUUACCUUCUGGCCUUCAUUUCGCUCUCAAAUCUUGCACAUCCCAUACAUUCCCGUAAGCCGUCCGUCCAUCGCUCUCCCUCGCUCUCCCUCGCUUUCCCUCGCGCAGCCGAUGCUGCUGGCUGGUCCUUGGUCCAAAGUCACUUGCUGUUCAGUUUCGCUACCCUCACCUCCUCGUCUUCUUCCACCAACACCACCACCACCACCACCACCACCACCGUCGCUACCACUUGGCACCGGCGUCUCCUCUUCUACUUCCUCCUCGUCCUCGUCCUCGUCCUCCUACUGUUGUCUGGGCAUUGUACAUUGUCCACCAAGACCCAUACGCCACUCGACCCUGUCACCUCUCGCAAUGGCUGGCCUUUCCCUUGAGCCCACGGAUACUCCCCCAAACUUGACUCUCAGACAAACUCCAUUUUCGGCUCCGACUUCAACCCCAUUGCGCUCCUUGACUUUUGGUCCCGUCUGCACUAUGCGACCUCAUCCUCGGCCGUCUUACUCUACCUUAGCAAACCACUUCUCAAUAUCCUCACAUUUCGACUCUGGCGCCUUCUUACCAUCAAAGCAUUGCAUUCAGGCCCCCAGUUCCGCUUCUACGUACAACCCCUCAGUUGUCGCCCUUGUGUCUAUCCACCCUCCCGCUCGUUUUUGUUGCUUCGAUACACACAACGCCGAAUGUGACGACUGUGCGAGCCCUGUUCAUCUCAUAGCAGUACCUACGUCUUCGCUCCAUGUACGCCACCCCAUGUAGGUGUGAACGCACCGGCUGUCUUUCCUGUCCGUUGUUUGAGACAUCUGGCAACUUAAGUCGCCUGAUGUAAAAAGACACACAUUGGGUGGAACAGCUAUGCUAGCUGCUAUCCAGCAAAGC